CCGCCGCCGCGUCCCCCCCCUCCCCUCCCCGGCCGCGCUCCUCCUCGCCGCGGAGGAGGAGGAGGCGGCGGCGCCGCCGCCCCCUCCCUCCCUCCUUCCCUCCCUCCCUCCCCUUUUCCCCUUCCCCUUCUCCCCCGGUUUUCAUUUCAGCUGGGUUCUCCUCUCCGUGGCAAGGGCUGCCUUUUCAAGCAGCACAUUCAUUCUCCCCUUCAAGCACCAUAAGCCUCAUUUGCCAGCUUCAGAACCAUGGCAACAGAAGAAAAGAAGCCAGAUGCAGAAUCCACCAAAACACAAUCUACUCCUUCCUCUUCAACCAAUCAGAGCAAGCCUGCACCAGUAAAACCAAACUAUGCUCUAAAGUUCACGUUAGCAGGACAUACAAAAGCAGUCUCAUCAGUAAAGUUUAGUCCUAAUGGAGAGUGGCUAGCCAGCUCCUCUGCUGACAAACUCAUUAAAAUCUGGGGAGCGUAUGAUGGCAAGUUUGAAAAGACAAUAUCUGGCCAUAAACUGGGUAUCUCUGAUGUUGCUUGGUCAUCAGAUUCCAACCUUCUUGUCUCUGCCUCCGAUGAUAAAACUCUCAAAAUAUGGGAUGUAAGCUCGGGUAAGUGCUUAAAGACAUUGAAAGGGCACAGUAACUACGUUUUCUGCUGCAACUUCAACCCUCAGUCAAACCUCAUCGUUUCUGGAUCAUUUGACGAAAGCGUGAGGAUAUGGGAUGUGAAAACAGGGAAGUGCCUCAAGACGUUGCCUGCUCAUUCUGACCCAGUUUCAGCUGUGCAUUUUAAUCGUGAUGGAUCCCUGAUAGUGUCAAGUAGUUAUGAUGGACUCUGUCGAAUCUGGGAUACAGCAUCAGGCCAGUGCUUGAAAACACUGAUUGAUGAUGAUAACCCUCCUGUGUCUUUUGUGAAAUUCUCCCCAAAUGGCAAAUACAUACUAGCUGCAACUUUGGACAACACUCUUAAACUUUGGGACUACAGCAAAGGAAAGUGCCUGAAGACGUACACAGGACACAAAAAUGAGAAGUACUGCAUAUUUGCAAAUUUCUCUGUUACUGGUGGAAAGUGGAUUGUGUCUGGUUCAGAAGACAACCUGGUUUAUAUUUGGAACCUUCAGACAAAAGAGAUUGUACAGAAAUUACAAGGACACACAGAUGUUGUCAUCUCAACAGCUUGUCACCCAACAGAAAACAUCAUUGCAUCAGCAGCACUAGAAAACGACAAAACAAUUAAACUGUGGAAGAGUGACUGUUAAAUGUUCCAGUAUCACUUUAGAGACUUGUCAGGAAAAAUGUUGUUGUUUUUUUUUUAAAAAAAAAAUUAUAAAAAAAUUUAAACCACAUGAGAAUACUAAAUCCAGUUUGGCAGGAAACCUGAAGAAUAUUUGAUAAAGUGGUUUCUGUUAGUCUUGGCCUAAAGAAAACAUCCUGGCUCUUUGCUAGAACUGGGCAGCGUGGUGGAAAAAACAAAAAAGAUGCAGUGUUUCCUUUUCUUGCCUAACGUUUUGGCAGACAAAUGGAUGGUUCUGACAUCAUGUUAGAAGUGUCAGUCAUGUAUUGGACACCCCAAAGAUACUGUACCUUAUGGUGGCGUUACUUCUGGGCACUGUUGCUGCUUAAGGAAGAGCUGCCAGUCUACUUUGUAACAGUAAGUGAAGUCACAAGCCUAGAGAUGUGUGUAAUUUUUUAAAAAAUGUCUAAUUUUUUUUAUUGUUGUUUUGUUUUUUUUUUUCCAGAAUGUAGGUUCUAGUCUCUUGAGAAGUUUCUGUGUUGUUUUAAAUAGGAGUACUGCAUCUUUCAGGGUGCUUCAUUUUAAACACUCAGUUCAAACUUUUUGACCAAAUAAAACCAUGCAGUUCCAGACUUCCCUCUUCCUGCCCCUGACUUGACUCCUGUGGUGAAAUCUCCUCUUACCUUCUGUAUAGUUGCUUCCCUCUUGUUACGUGUGUUUAAUAGAUGCUGUUCUAGAGCAAAGUUACAGUUCUUCUGUUAACCAUUAAAAUGAAUCCUGCUUGUAGUUGUUCUCAGCAUAUUUUAAUUUCUUUUCCCUCUCCUGGUUAUAAAGCAAGCUCACAGUGUUGUCAGUUAUGAUGGGACAACAGCAGGCCACUGUAGAAUUAUUUCAGUGUAACAAGAAAAAACCCCAGACUUUUGUAUCUUGAAAAUCCAUCGUAUGAAACUGUAUUGGUAAUGGCAUGACUCUGUAUCUAUUUCAGCAUUGGUAUUUCUUUCCCUUUUUGUCGUACCCAUGUGGUAUUUACACAUCCAAACAAGUACCAUAUGCCAUAAUAAAAAGGUGGGAUUUUAUGUGUA